UGUUUGUUAGCACCGGAGUAUUCUCGAGUCAUAAAGCAACGAUUGAACCACUUGGAAUCCUCCGUUACAAUACCGUUACGAAUGAUAUGGUUCACCAUAGACAUCUUAAUAUGGGUAUGGGUGACGACAAAUUAUCACCCACUGACCUUAUCUUUCUCGGUUUGAAUUUCUACAAUUAAAAUUGUUUGCUGUAUUGUCCAUCCACUCUUGGAUACAAUUGCGAUAACAUUGGACAAUAACAGGAAUUUUACGAGUGUUGUGCAGCGAGAUGCAUUGGACCAUGCAGGACGACAACACCUGCCUACGGUAUACGGAGGACUUCACAGGUUGAUAAAAUCAAACAAUUUGAUGUCUUGCUCUAUGGUUUAGACACUGUUUACACCGUCUUAGGGACUGAAGUAGUGCACACCGGUUUCUUUAAACAUCUUUGGUGAUUUUGAGCUCACAAGGAAAGACCACAACAAAAAGCUAAUGAAACACUGAUUCUGUAAAGUUUCAUCAACUGCUUCAACCAAGGAAGACCAACCCUUAAAAACGAACCAGCAGAGCAACAACAUGUUUUUCUGCAGAGGUGGGAGGCAAUCCCGACCCAAGUCCACCUUCAUCCUGCUUGUUAUACUCCUUGGCGCUGGUUACUUCUAUAUACGCUACUAUAAUUCAGACCAGCAGAACCAGCGCGAUGGGAGUCUGUUUGAGGGGCGAGAAGCAGGGUUUGGUGGGGGAGGGAGAGCGCCGGAGCCCCCACUAGAAAUCGGCAAGAGACCGGGUGAUUUGGGUUUGGAAAGGAAGGUAGCUGCUGUCAAAGAAACUGUGAAGGAACCUGCAAAAUAUAUAUCAGCUCUGAAUAAAACUUGGAUGACAUGGACUGACAUCGAGAGUCCUGGGGUCUACCGCGCAUGCGUACCGAGACCCAAGGACGGCAUUGAAAUGACUGAAGUAGUAACGGGAGGACUGGUUGAACACUCUAACAGAAUGACAAUAACGCAUUGUCUACACAGCUGCAUUGCCCUCGGUUUCACCUAUGCUGCCCUCAGUCGUGGUACUGAAUGUUUCUGUAGUGACGUCAAAGGUGAAUCACCUCUGCUGAACUAUAUGGAGAGCGCCCUCUGCGACAUACCGUGCUCAGGUGAAGGCAGGUAUCACUGCGGUGGUGCUCAUCAUAUGUCGCUCUACAGAACGGCUGUGCCAGAUAAUCGUUGUUCUAAAGUUGAGCUAAAGCCGGUAGGUAGCUUGCCCCUGGUUGCUCUAGCUAGCUACCCCCGGUCUGGUAACACUUGGACACGGCAGCUCAUCGAGCGAGGAACCGGGCUCCUGACGGGAAGUGUGCACUGGGUCAAUGAGAAAGAUAUGACCAUCUCCAAGAAAAUAUUUCCCGGUGGAAACAUCGACUACCAUUCUCGGCAGACCAUCUGCGUCAAGUCCCACCUCAACGAGGCUAAGCAUAUCCAGACGUUUGAGGGCGCUGUUCUUCUCAUUAGAAACCCUUAUAGCGCUCUUGUGGCGGAGAUCUUCCGGAGGCAGAUGUUAGAUCAAGCGAAGACAGCGGAGGAAACCAUUCAGUAUUUCAAUUCUCCCGAAUGGAGAAACUUUGCCGAGAACCAAUCAAAGAGCUGGAAGAAAAUGGCGGUUCAGUGGAUCACAAAUUCGAAAAAGAUCUUUGUGGCUCACUACGAGAAUCUUCAGGAAAACACCAACGAAGAACUCACAAAGAUUGUACAGUUCCUAAACGUCCCUGUAGAUAAACAACGUGUGUUGUGCGCCGUACAGGAGCACCCGUCUUCUAAAGCCACUGGUAUUGCUCUUGGCAACCAUGGACGAAAGACCCGCGUGUAUCUGACUAAAGAUCCAUUCCCAAGCGAUGUCCGGAAACUGGUCGAUGAUAAUAUUAAAGAGGUGAACGCAACUCUGAUAGCACAUAAGCUAACACCACUCCCGAGAGACUACUCUGUAGAAGUAUACUAAUCCCGUCAACAGCCGUCAAUAACAGACAGUUGAUUAUUCGUAUAAGCUUACAUCACUCCCGAGAGACUACUCUGUGUAGAAGUAUACUAAUCCCGUCAAACGACCGUCAAUAACAGACAGUUGAUUAUUCGUACGAGAGGAGUUGUGACGAUGCAUAGGCAAUCACGUGUUUAUUUCAACAAACGAAGAAAUACAAAAUAUUAUUAUUAUUAAUUAAACGAACUUACUACUAUUUUCACUAGAUACUUAACUUCCUUUUGUUAAAGGGCAUUAAAUGAACUCAACUGAAGCUAAAAGAAAGCGAGAAACAGCGAACCGCAAGAAGAUAAUGUUAUUAUAUAUUUUUUUAGAAGCUGCCCUGCUUAUAAGCAUGAAGGUAUUCUGUUUAUCAGGAUGCUGUUUUAGUUUUAAGAUUCUGUCUGUUUCACAAUACCGUGAAUUAUAUACAAACUUAUUCUGCGGUAGAUUUCACAAGACUUUACGCAACUGCAUACUCUCUUAAUGUAAAAGAGUGAAAAAGCACUCUUUGAAGAGCCAUACUCUUUUUCGAGUGGUCUUCCACUCUUUUAGAUUGAAGUUUGCAUCUUUUUGAAUGUUGAACUCUGUGAAAUAACCACAAUUCUUUUUAAAGAGCCAUAUGAGGGACAACUCGAAAUGUACAGAGUGGUGUUUUUCACUCUUUUACAUUUUAGAGAGUAAGUCGAGCAUUUAUUGCUCAUAGUUGUGCACCAAUGACACAAUAACUCUUGCACAAGUGGAAUAUACCUUAAUCGCGGUGUGGCCAUCUUGGUUUUACUCCAUUCCAACUCAUUGCAGCCAAAGUGAGGCUGGACGAAAUAAUAGUCUGGUGCCGUGUUUGCGAAAUUUACGUAAGCAUUUACUGCACUUGGAAACAGGGAACAUGACCACUGGUGACAGUGUGAUGAAGGUCUAUUGGCGCAGUUGUGUAAAGUUUCAUGAAAUCGGCUGCCGAAUAGCGCCCUCUUUGAACCAUUCUCCUUCAACCCAUGAUCAUUUUAAAUAAUGGGUUGGCAGAUGCGGAUAUUUCGAGGGACAAAUUUCCCAUCGACACUGGCACAGAUUUAUAAACUGCAUAUAAAGCAACUUCAAAGAGGGUGCCUUUUAGGCUUGUGACGUCAUAAGAAAACUGAAUGUUUUAAUUUUGUAUUUUUUUUCACACUAUAAUGAUCAUAGAGCUGAUCAACUUGUCUUUCAAUCUGUUCUUUUCAGAGUUAGUUCCUUCGAUAUUCAUUUAUGUGUUUACAUUUUUAUUUAAAUUUUUUAGUACGAGUUAUAAACUAAACAGGUGUCUAACUGAACACUGAGAAAUAAAUCAGCUGAAACAAUAAUGA